CAGUCAGUCAACAUGGAAUGACCCAAGCUGCUUGUGCUGGAACACACACGUGCUCGGAAGAUGCUGCAACCGCCAACAACAGCAGCAGCAGCAGCAGCAACGCCAACAGCAACAGCAACAGCAACAACUGAAGCAGCAACAAUUGCUGCAACAGCUGCAACUGGCAAUGGGCAGCGACGUCGCGUGGCAGCUAGCGACAGCAGCGGCACUCACAGUAAAACCAACAACAACAAACUAAAGCCACAGCCAAUGCAUUCCAACGAGGAGCCGCCCACGUCGGUGAUCGUCGACGGCGGCAACCAGCAACAGCAACAGCAGAAGCUGCGACGCAGCGCCAGCGCCAGCGGCAGCAGCGGGCAGCAGCAGCGACUGCGCAAGACGAGCUCAUGCAGUGCCAGCGCCAGUGCCAAGGCCACGCCCACGCCGCACACGCGCCGCCCACACAGACAGCAUUCGAAUGCCUCCGACUCGAUGCAAAAGCAACAACAACAGCAGCAACAGCAGCAGCAGCAGAAGCAACAGGAGCAAUCGCAUCGCUAUCAGCCAGCUGGACGCGCUGGCAGCAAGGAACGCUCUGAGGCGGCGCGUAGGCGUGGCACACGCCGGCACAGCGGCGCCUCGACACUGAGCGAGGCAACAGCUGGCGCCGUGCAGCGUCGCACGCGCGACACCGGCCGAGACUCGGCCGGCAGCUCCUCGACGGCGUCCAGCUGCAACGGCAGCUGCAGCUCCGACGAUGGCGACUCGACGCACUCGUCCUCCUCCUCGUCCAGCUCGUCGGGCGAGCCGAAUCUGCCCUAUCCAGGCUUCCCGGAGAUUGCCAUGAAGGCGCUCACACAGUACACGCGACCGCGCAACUGGUGCCUGAUGCUCAUCACCAAUCCAUAUCCUUUUCGAAACAAAAGCAAAGCACAGGUGCCGCAGACACCAAGGGCUGUCCUUGCACCAGCCACAUACAUACGCCUCUUUGUCUGCUCGUGCCUGCUGGGAGGCUACCUACUCGCACUCGUACAUCUGAGAGUGAAGCGGGUGCUCAGCACCGACUAG